AUGGCCUCACUCUGGCCAUGGCUUCGACUUCCCUUCUACCUGAGCACAGCCGCCGUUAGUAUGGGAGGUGGCACAUUAUAUUAUUUUCAGAAUGAGAUCAUUUAUCCUCGAAACUUACCCCCUGGAACUCGCACUGACGUGCCUCGACCAGCCGACGUUGGUAUAGAAGAGAGUGAGGAGCUCUCAAUACCGACUCCAGACGGUGAAACCCUCAGUGCCUUUCUAGUAAAGCCCCCAAACAAGUCACAAGCGUUACCCAUUACGAUCCUUUGCUUUCACGGAAAUGCAGGCAAUAUCGGACACAGAUUGCCAGUCGCGAAAGUCCUCGCAGAAGAUAUGCAGUGCACUGUCUUGAUGCUGGAAUAUCGUGGCUACGGGCUAUCCACUGGCUCUCCCAACGAGGAAGGUUUGCGGAUUGAUGCGCAGACUGGACUGGACUACAUUCGCAGCCGACAGGAUCUGAAAGACAGCAAUAUAGUUGUCUAUGGUCAARGUCUGGGUGGUGCGGUUGCAAUCGAUCUGGUGAAGGGAAACAAAGGCACCGGCGACAUCAAAGGACUCGUGCUGGAGAAUACCUUCCUCAGCAUUGCAAAGAUGAUUCCGCACGCUGUCCCUGUUGCCAAAUACCUCAUUCCACUCUGUCGCGAUAAGUGGAGGAGUGAGGAGAUGAUAAGCCAGAUUACGGAUAUCCCGAUCCUAUUCCUAAGUGGACUCAAGGAUGAGAUUGUCCCACCAUCUCACAUGAAAGAACUGAUGAAAUUGAGUCGCUCAUCAACGGUAGUAUGGAAGGAACUACCAAACGGCGAUCACAACAACACUGUCGGCGAACGGGGCUACUUCCAGUAUAUUCAGGACUUUUUGAUCGCAAAUGUGCUCAAGGUUGAUGCAUAA